CAGAACCAGCUGAUCCGUGGACAGGUAUUUUGAAUGCUACAACUGAGCCACAAGUGUGUAUUCAGAAGAAUUUAUUAUAUUACAAAGAAGCCGAUAAUGUCGUCGGAAUAGAGGAUUGUCUAUAUCUAAAUGUGUAUACGCCAAAGAUUCCGAAAAAUGGAGAAAAAAAAUUGCUCCCUGUUAUGUUUUGGAUAGCUGUAGGUGGUUAUUUUGCAGAUGGUGGAGGUUUGAGUUUGUACGGUCCUCAAUAUUUGUUAGACAAGGAUAUCGUUCUCGUUACCAUAAAUUACAGACUUGGAGCUCUCGGCUUUUUAAGUACGGAAAACGAAGUUUUACCAGGUAAUUAUGGUAUGAAAGAUCAAGUCUUAGCAUUGAAAUGGGUAAAAAAUAAUAUUGACAAAUUUGGCGGGGACCCAAAAAAAGUAACAUUAUUUGGUCGGAGCGCUGGUGUUGGAUUACAUAUUUUGUCACCUAUGAGCAAAGGAUUGUUUCAUAAAGCAAUUAUGGCUAGUGGAACGCCAUUAAACCUAUGGGGUGUAUCUCCACCUGGCUGGGCUAGACGAAGAGCUUCAGCCAUAUCAACGUUUUCUGGAUGUCCAGUGGAGCCAAAAAAAAUGGUUCAGUGUUUAAAACAAGUGCCUGCGAACGUAUUAGUGGAUUUAUACAACAGUAUUUUUGAAUGGAGAAAUUAUCCGGUAAUCAAUUUAAUACCUGUGGUUGAAAACUGUGUUGGUAAAAAAGAAUCAUUUUUGUGUAAAUAUCCUCUGCUUGACUUUAAACAAGAAUCCAAAGUUCCAGUAUUAAUAGGAAUGAACUCUGGAGAGGGUGGUAUUUUUGCUUCUCGAAUGUAUAACGAGACUGAUCUUGUGUAUACAGAGUUCUUAGAUGAUUUUGAUCAUUAUAUAUCAUCAUUGUUUCAGUAUAGAUAUACGACAAAGUAUUCAGAUAUUUCAGUAAUUGGGGACAAGAUAUUUGAACGAUACUUUCCUGAUGGUACCUUUGAAGAUCCUUUGAAUGCUGUUAAAAUGUUUUCAGGUGGACUGAUUUUACAUGGGGUUUUUAAAAUGGCAAUUGAGCUGUCGUCAUCAGUUUAUUAUUACAUUUACGAUCAUUUGAAUUACAUAUCUUAUAAUUCAUUUUAUGGACCAUAUCCAUUUCCAAAAAAAUUAGGUGUAACUCACGCCGAUGAUACGACAAGUCUAUUCUUAAGAGCAGGAUUGGGAGACUUACAAGGAGAGGACCUACGUGUUUCAAUUCUGAUGGUUAAUAUAUGGACAAACUUCGCUGCUAAAGACAUUCUCACUAUUGACGGCACCGAUAAUGGAGAAAAAUGGCCAACAUUUGAUACUAAUAAAUAUGAAUUUGUUUUGAUAAAUUCAAGUCGCCCUAUAAAAUGUGAGAGACCGUACGUAGAAGAAUACGAAUUUUGGAAUGGUUUGCCACUAUUGUCUGGAUUAAAUUAGUUUAAGUAAAAAAAUUAUCUUUAAUUUGUAAGAGUAUAAAAAACAAAUAGAUCUUAGACAAAUGUAUUUUCUACAUCAGCCUGAUAUACCUACGGUAAAUAAAAAAAAUCAUAAUUUUA